AUGUCAAACACUCACAGUAAUGGCACCUCUGGGCAGUGUUCUGCACAAGUCAGGCGGAUUCCUACACCUGGGAAGGCAACUGUUCUUGCAAUAGGGAAGGCCUUCCCUAGUCAACUUGUUCCUCAGGAAUGCUUGGUUGAGGGUUACACUCGGGACACCAAAUGUGAUGAUGUAUCCAUCAAGGAGAAAUUGGAACGCUUGUGUAAAACUACUACUGUGAAGACAAGAUACACUGUCAUGUCCAAGGAGAUCCUUGACAAAUAUCCUGAACUUGUGACCGAGGGCUCACCAACUAUUAAACAACGACUUGAUAUAGCAAACCCAGCUGUUGUAGAGAUGGCCUUGGAAGCAAGUCUUGCUUGCAUAAAGGAAUGGGAAAGGCCUGUAGAAGACAUCACUCAUAUUGUCUAUGUUUCAUCAAGUGAGAUUCGCCUUCCCGGUGGUGAUGUCUACCUUGCUAGCAAGCUUGGCCUUAGAAGCGAUGUUGGCCGAGUAAUGCUGUACUUUCUAGGCUGUUAUGGUGGUGUCACUGGCCUCCGUGUUGCUAAAGAUAUAGCUGAAAAUAAUCCAGGAAGCCGUGUUUUGUUAACUACUUCUGAAACCACCAUACUCGGUUUUCGUCCCCCAAAUAAGGCUCGCCCUUAUGAUCUUGUUGGGGCAGCUCUCUUUGGUGAUGGAGCUGCGGCUGUCAUCAUUGGAGCCGACCCGUUAACGGAUAAAGAGUCUCCUUUCAUGGAAUUAAACUGCGCAGUUCAACAAUUCCUGCCUGGGACACAAAACGUUAUCGAUGGGCGCCUUUCUGAAGAGGGGAUAAACUUUAAGCUUGGCAGGGACCUACCCCAGAAGAUUGAAGAUAAUAUAGAAGAGUUCUGCAAGAAGUUGAUGGCAAAAGCUGGUUUAAAGGAAUUCAAUGAUCUGUUUUGGGCAGUCCAUCCUGGUGGACCAGCAAUUCUGAACCGCCUGGAAAACAAAUUGAAAUUAAACAAUGAGAAGCUGGAGUAUAGCAGGAAGGCUUUAAUGGACUAUGGAAAUGUGAGUAGCAGCACUAUUUUUUAUGUUAUGGAUUAUAUGAGGGAGGAGUUGAAGAAUAAACAGGUGAAAGUGGAAGAAUGGGGACUUGGCUUAGCAUUUGGGCCAGGCAUUACAUUCGAAGGCAUUCUUCUUCGUAGCCUUUAAUCAAUAUCAUGUUGCAGUUAGCAGCUUUUCAUUAUCAACCUUCAAUUACUGCCUCCAUUUGGAUUCAGUAAUUCCGAAGAUAUAAUAUUCAAGAAUUUCCAUUUUAAGUUGAGCUUCCA